AUGACUCAAGACUUGCACGACGUUGCUGUAGUUGCGAAGGACGCACGUACUGCGUACGAAGAAUCUCUUCAUCUGCUUUCGGAGCUGUCCCCAGCAGAGGCGGAUGCUGCUCGGUCGGAUACGCUGCGCGAAAUUGCCGCAGCGCUGGAGCGCCUUGAGCACGAGAUCAAGGCCGCCAACGAGCGCGACGUAGAAGAAGCGACACUGUUGGCCAAGCAAGGAAAGCUUUCUAAGCAGAUGGUGUCGCGCUUGGAUCUUUUUGCCAAGCCUGGCAAGUGGGAUAGCAUGGUAAAAGGUGUGCGCGACGUUGCGAAGCUUGCGUCGCCGCUGGAUAUCUGCACGCGCGCCACACGCCUCGCCGAAGGACAGGAGGGUGCAGGGGGCGCUUUGGACAUGUACAGUGUUACCUGCCCGAUUGGAGUAUUGCUUUGCAUUUUUGAGGCACGCCCCGAGGUGAUUGUCAAUAUCGCGAGCCUUGCGGUCAAGUCUGGCAACGCGGCGAUCCUCAAAGGCGGAAAAGAAUCACGGCGCACCGCCGCUGUACUUGCGCGGUGCAUUGCCGAAGCGCUUUCCCGCAGUGUGCUCCCUUUGAACUUGGUCCAGAUGGUCAACACGCGCGAAGAGAUCCAGCAUCUGGUCAAGAUGGACGAGUUUAUCGACUUGGUCGUUCCACGUGGCUCGAAGGAACUGGUGCUCAGCAUCCAAAAUGAGACGCGCAUCCCUGUGCUGGGCCAUGCCGACGGUCUAUGCAGUGCUUAUGUACACAGCGAUGCACCGCACGCGCUUGCGUGCGCGCUUGUGCUUGAUUCAAAACUCGAUUACCCAUCCGCUUGCAAUGCGAUCGAAACGCUCCUUGUGCACAAGGACCAUCUUACGUCGGGUCUCUGGAAAGAGCUUGCCAUAGCACUGCUUACCAAGGGCGUCCGGCUUCACUGCGAUGCACGGAGCUUGGAGGUGGUGCGCAAUGAAGUGCUUCCCACACACGACGUUGCCUCGCUCGUAGAGGCCGCCACCAAAGCCGACUACAAAACGGAGUAUCUCGAUCUCGAGCUUGCUGUGCGCGUCACGGACCAUGUCGAGGCAGCCGUUGACCACAUAAACAGAAACGGCUCUGGUCACACAGACAUAAUUAUUUGCGCGCCGUGCUCGGGCGCGAAAAAGUCCAUGUCCGCCGCUGCGAUCUUCACGCGCUCCCUUUCCUCCUCCAGUGUCUUUGUCAAUGCAUCUUCGCGCUUUGCCGAUGGUUUCCGUUUUGGAUUUGGCGCCGAAGUUGGCAUUAGUACUGCUCGCACACACGCGCGUGGUCCUGUGGGGCUCGACGGCCUUGUCACGUACAAGUACAUUGUCAAGGGCGACGGCGAUGUUGCCCAUACCGUCGGUGCGUUUGCGCCGGGCGAAAAUGCGCGCGCUUGGGCGCACACACCGAUAGAAAAGGUAUACCCGUCUGUAUAG